AUGGUAAUAGCGCAGAUUGGUUACCUCAGAGACACUGCGGAUUCCAGUUCAACCUGGACACUGCUUGGUGAGAACGUAACGACGAUGAGGGGACUGCCUUUUACGAUCCUACCACCCUCCCGACCUUCGUCUCGGCCGUCAUCUCCACCGCCAGAUGCCUAUGACUCCAGCACUAGCGAAUACGAGGUUCCUAACCGACGGGCCAUCAUCGUCACUGUCGAUAACACCACUGCCGUCUCGCUCGGCAACACCGGCACCAAGUCGGCCGACAACUCCGACGUUCGGCUCUGGCUUUGGCUCGGUGUACGCGAGCACCGAAGACGACACCGAAGACGACGGCCCCUUGCUCCCUCGCCGCACUCGCCCGGGCUGGUGGUCUUCCCGCCCAACCCGGUCCAGGAGGAAACGAGACCCGCUAUACGGCGUACAUGGCUGGAAAAGAUGCUUGAUGGUAGUUGUCCGUCAUCCCUCUUUCCGACUCAAAUAUCCUCUAUCCUAUUGGCCUUGCUAUUAUUUGCUCUGUUCGCGCUCGCAUUGACCCUGCUGCUCAUGCAUAUUCUCAACCCAGACAAGUACCAGCUCCCAUGGCGCUCCUACUGCUCUCUCGCACCCGCAUUCCCCCCUAAGCCAUCUGGUUCAUCCCUGCACGUCCCCACGCUAGACCAGCUCCCACCUACGGGCGUUUUUGUUGGUGUCAUGAGCAUGGAUUCAGCCUUCGAGCGACGGCAGCUCAUUCGCUCAACAUGGGCUUCUCAUCCCCGUAGUCGCGGUGGUGCCUCGCCCGAGUACGGCCUCAACAAUACUUCCCGCACUGUGGUCAGGUUCAUACUCGGCCAACCCCGCAAAGACUGGGAGCGUCGUAUCCGCCUCGAACAACAAGCCUAUAAUGAUUUGGUCAUUCUCCCGAUUAAAGAAAACAUGAACAAUGGCAAAACCCAUGCCUUUUUCACAUGGGCUCAUUCAAACGCGCUUGUUCCCCCUCCGGUGUUACUUCCUUCUGUGCCAGAGCACGACAACUACACGGUUCCACUCCAUAGCUCGGGGCUCAUACCUCCGUGGUACCGUCUCUAUGCAACCGAGAAUGAGUCACACGUCAGGCGUGGACCGGCCCCCGCUAAACCAGCUCCACACGACCCCGCACCCGUGCUCCAACCAGAAUCGGAUACGGCCCGACGUUCGGCCUCGGCCUUUUCGUCCAAAUUCCCCCGCCAUUUGACCUCCACUCCCAAUUUGUUCCCGCGCGAGGCGCACGACCACGGCCACAGUUCUCGCACUGCAUCCAAUGAAUGGAUCAGACCUGACUUUGUGAUCAAGGCAGAUGAUGAUUCAUUCGUCAUGCUUGCAGAGCUCGAGGCACGCCUCAGGUGGGAGUUGUAUGAGGCAAAGCGGGCUGCUGACACUGGGCCUGGGAAGGAUGACUCCAAACGCGAUGACUCUUCUACUACUACCACUGAUCCCAUCCACACGAGUCGAAGCGAGAGCGCACCCGAGACGACCGCAGAAACCUCGUCGACAGAGGCUGAGCCCAGUUCCAUGCCUGAUAUUGGGAAGCGGGAGUUCCCUGAGGGUAUAGUUUUCGAUAAGAGGGACUGGAGUGAUGGGAAAGGAAAGGAUCAUAUCGAAGGGCCAUUGAUUUACUGGGGAUAUCUUGUCAAAUCUCGAUUCAUGGCUGGCGAGUUGUAUGCACUGUCUUCGUCCUUGGUUGAAUACGUCGCUACGUAUCCCGCACUGAAGAGUAUGACCAACGGCGCAGAAGACAAACAGGUGGCCGCAUGGAUGAAGGCACACCCUCAAGCCGCCAACGUUCGGUGGCGAAGCGAGCGGUGUUGGGUGUACGACCAUCCUAAAGCUGGAACCGUCUAUUCCCAUGGAUUCCUGUUUCCCUCUGAAGCAGCGCGCGUCAGGUACCAAACAACACACGGCUUGACCCCUGCAGAGAUUAUCCACCUGCCUACUUCUUACCUUGUUGACGACCCAGUCAUGUUUGGCACGCGCUAUUCCAUUCCUGGCGGUUUUACAAAUUUUUCUAUUCCUAUGGAAGUCGAGGCCCUUGUAGAAGGUAGUGCACUCAGUCGGCUAGGCACGAUGCCUCCUCCAUUGUUGCCUUCCUCGUCUGUGCAACCUACCUCGUUCCCAUCCACAAGUCCCAAUUCCCAAUCCCAAUCCGAUCAGGAGUCUCUUCUCGCGGCCCUGAAAGAUCCUCAGUGGUCCGACGUUGUCAAUGCCUACGCAUCACGCGAGAGCCGCAAGUCAAGAUACGCCGGGCAGAGCGUGGGCGGGACGGUCGUUGUGCACUACAUCAAGCGCAACGAGUGGUUCUUGGAAGCGGCACUGGCGUUGUUGGGUGAUGACGAUGGGACCGAGGAUGGACCCGCCUUAUGA